CUGCGAGGAGGGACAUCCUCCGCUCUGUUGAAUCGCCCCCCGAGCGGCCAGCCUCUCCUUCUCCUUCAUCCCGGUGCAGAACCAACACCAUGGCCCCCAAGAAACCAGAACCCAAGAAAGCAGAAGCUAAGAAAGAGGAGCCCAAGGCGGCCCCUAAGCCAGCACCCCCACCCGAGCCAGAAGUCCGCAAGGAAGUGGAGUUUAACCCAGCACACAUCAAAGUUGAAUUCACUAAUGAACAGCUUGAAGAAUUCAAGGAAGUCUUCAUGCUCUUCGACAGAACUCCGAAAGGGGAAGGGAAAAUCACGUACGCGCAGUGCGGAGACGUCUUGAGGGCUUGCGGGACAAAUCCCACCCAGGCGGAAGUUCUCAAGGUCCUUGGCCGGCCCAAGCAUGAUGAAAUGAACCACAAGAUGUUAGACUUCGACACCUUUCUGCCCAUGCUUCAGCACAUCUCCAAAGCCAAAGACACCGGGACCUACGAGGAUUUCGUGGAAGGCCUGCGGGUUUUCGACAAGGAAGGGAACGGCAAGGUCAUGGGAGCCGAACUUCGCCAUGUUUUGGCCACUCUCGGCGAAAGGCUGACUGAGGAGGAGGUCGAUAAGCUAAUGGUUGGCCAGGAAGACUCCAAUGGUUGCAUCAGCUAUGAAGCGUUUGUGAAGCAUAUCAUGGCAAGUUGAAUGUCAGGCUACGUCCACUGGAACUGGAUACCGAGAUUGGAUUUCAACCAAACCCGUGGAAUGGAAUUAGUAUUUCUACUCGUCAGAAUCGAUGCUCAGAUCCCAUCAACUGUCUUGUGUUUGUCUCUGUCCCUCUGGGAUGGGCUCUUUUUCACUCUGUCUGGCCACCUCACACCUUUCGCCAUGUCGUUCCCUCUGCUUGGAACAGCCACCUCCGCUUCCUUCUCCUGAAUAAGCCCAGCCCUCUCCACAGACCCACUUCCACUGGUUUCUCUCUAUCCCCUUAAUUCUUUGGAGCAACUCCAUCCUCUGCCUGUCUUUUUCCUGUAAUAAAGACACCAGACCCCUGAGCUGGGAUGCUGAGACUCAGUGUUCUAGGCAGAGAGCAGUGUUGGCACUCAAUUAGCUUGAAAUUGUAGUCCUCUACUACUACUACUAGUAGUAGUAGUAGUAACACAAUAGUAAUUUACUACUAGUAGUAACACAAUAGUAAUUUACUACUAGUAGUAACACAACAGUAAUUUACUGCUAGUAGUAACACAAUAGUAAUUUACCUCUAGUAGUAACACAAUAGUAAUUUACUACUAUUAGAAAUAGUCCUGGCAACUAACCACUAUUAGGCCUCUCUUACUGACACACGCAAAAGCAUUAAUCUUUGGCUCUUGUAUGUAGCUGUGCUAAAAUGGCUAUAUCUAGCGAAGCUACCUCAUGUUCCAGAGAAGUUAGCCAAACUGGUUAUUGGGAUGUAUAAUAAUAAUAAUAAUAAUAAUAAUAAUAAUAAUAAUAAUAAUAAUUUAUUUGUACCCCGUCCAUCUGGCUGGCUUUCCCCAGCCACUCUGGCGGCUCCCAACAGAUGAAAAACAGAAUGAAACAUCAAGCAUUAAAAACUUCCCUAAUCAGGGCUGCCUUCAGACGUCUUCUAAAAGUCAGAUAGUUGUUUAUGUCCUUGACAUCUGAUGGGAGGGUGUUCCACAGGGCGGGCGCCACCACCGAGAAGGCCCUUUGCCUGGUAUAUGCCUUAUAAAGUGCCGGUUUCAGAAUCUGGGGAAACUCAGAGGCCUGGACAUCCAUCUGUGCCUCUCUUUAGCUCAGGUGUGCUGAGACUCUGGGGGUCCUUGGGGGGUGCCAGCUUAUGCCUAGGCAUGCCACCCUCUUGAACCGGCUGCAGCCUCAAAUGUUAGCAGGAAGAAACCCCAAAGAUCGUGGGGGAGAGUCCCAGACUACACAGCUUUGUGGUUCGGCACAAAGCCAAACGAAGCUUUCCAGAAAGAGCAGAGGACUCUGCUUUUAUACUGAGUCGCGCCAUUGCUCCACCUAGGUCAGCGUUGUCCCCACUGAGCAAAAACAGUGGCUCUCCUGGGCUUCAGCCCAGGGGUUCCAGAGACCCACCGGGAGAUGCCAACAAGGAUCGAACCUCACACUUUCUGCGGGUAAAGAAGAAGAGACAUCAAACAAGCACAUUCACACUUUAUCCCUGUCCGUCUGGCAACCUGGGAACAGAAGGAGAAAAGUCCCCUCCGUCUAGCUAUCUGGCUCUUGAUGACUAACAGUUGUCCAGUUUUGCUGCCUGGUACCUGGAUAAUAAAUAUUUGCAUCGUCAUUUA